CUAGUUAGCGACUGUGGCCCUUGAACGCAACUCUUCACGGUUUCUCCACCAACAGCAGCAGCAGACAGGUAACUGACGAGCCGGAAAGCAGCGGACACAAGUUUUUAUCAGCCAGGAUGACCAGUUUUCAGCUGAGCGCGAUGGAGGACAUGGUGGAGAAGUUUCUGGACGCCGCAGCGAGAGGAGACCUGACCCAGGUGUCCUCUCAUCUGUCCCGCGUCCCCUCGCUCAUCAACCGGACAGGAUGCAGCGGCUGGACGGCGCUGAUGCUCGCAGCGCGCAACGGCCACUACCAGGUGGCGGAGAUGCUGGUGUCCCUCGGUUGUGACAAGUUCUCCGUGAACGCUUCCUCUCAAACCGCCUACGAUAUCGCCAAGUUUUGGGGCCACCGACACAUCGCCGGCCUGCUGAGCCGCUCAGAGGGCCGGCGCGUCCUGCCGGGCGGCGAACCCCACCUGCAGGAGAACUACUUCAGCAGGGAGACGCUGGACCGGCUGAGUGCAAGGAGGACCGACGAGGUCUGGUUAGAGGCCAAACAGAAGGACCCAGAUACCGUCUACCUCCUGUUCUCCAACCUCAGCCCUAUGGUCAGCGCGUCGCAGGAGGACGACGAUGAGGGUCACAUCCAGCUCUGUCGGCUCAGAUACGAGGCGGUUAAAGACCUCCUUGAGAAACCCUCCACUGUGCUCAUCUUCCUCGGAAUGGAGAGGAUGAAGAACCCCUCCUCCUCGCAGACCUCGGAGCCUCCGGUCUGGUUCGCCGUCAGCACAGACGAAGACCCAGCCGAGCUCCUGAGACGCUGCAGAGAGGCGACCUGCUCGUUCCCGAAGAGCGGGAACAGAGACCUGCUGAAGUUCAGCGAGGAAGACGCAGGCGUCGUGGCGCAGGCUCGGUCCGUGCUUGCCUGGCACAGCCGCUACAGUUUCUGCCCCACGUGUGGCAGCGGGACCCGCCUGGAGCAGGGGGGCUACAAGAGGAGCUGCCUGAACUCUGAGUGCAGGAGCCAGCAGGGGGUCCACAACACCUGCUACCCACGAGUCGACCCGGUGGUCAUCAUGUUGGUGAUCCACCCUGAUGGGAACCAGUGUUUACUGGGCAGGAAGAAGGUCUUCCCUGCAGGCUUGUUCUCUUGUUUGUCAGGAUUCGUGGAGCCCGGCGAGGCCAUCGAGGAGGCGGUGAGGAGGGAGGUGGAGGAGGAGAGCGGCGUGAAGGUGGGUCCGGUCCAGUACGUGUCCUGUCAGCCCUGGCCCAUGCCCUCCAACCUGAUGCUGGGCUGCCUCGCCGCCGCCGUCUCCACCGACAUCAAGGUGGACGAGACGGAGCUGGAAGAGGCUCGCUGGUUUCCACGUCAGCAGGUGAUCGAUUCCUUGUUCAGAGGCGCCAGCUCGACUUUAAUUGUCCCCCCAAGACAAACCAUCGCCCACCAGCUGAUCAGACACUGGAUCAGUGUGAACUCGAACCUCUGAUCGGAUUCAGGACGACAAACCAACGUCUGACCAACAGGACGUGGAGACUGAGUCACGUGAUGCUUAAAAAUAGAUUUUUAUUAACUGUUAAAAACAAAAACUCAGAAACAAACAGCAAACAUCUGCAAACAGGAGGUAUUUUCUUCAAGACGUUUUUACACCAAGGAGUAAAAAAUAAUAUAUCAGGUGUUUUAACGACCCGGGGUUAUUAUAAAAUAAAUAAAUGAUCUGUGUUCUUGGAUGUAGGUGAACAAAACAUGUUGAUUUGACUUGGUUUUAACAGAAAAAUGUAAAUGAUUGAUGAUCUAAAAAAAAACAAGACUGUAAAUAAAUGGUUUGUCAAUGA